GAGGCAUUGCGCCCCAUUGUUGGCGUCAUUAGGAGUCAUUGCGCCCCAUCAUUGGUGUCAUUGGGAGGAAUAGUGCCCCAUUGUUGGUGUCAUUGGGAGGAAUUGUGUCCCAUUGUUGGUGUCAGUGAGAGGAAUAGUGCCCCAUCAUUGGUAUCAUUGGGAGGAAUACUGCCCCAUCAUUGGUGUCAUUGGGAGGAAUUGUGCCCCAUCAUUGGUGUCAUUAGGAGGAAUUGUGCCCCAUCAUUGGUGUCAGUGGAAGGAAUUGUGCUCCAGCACUGGUGUCAUUGGGCCCCAUUUUUAGUGUCAUUGUGAGAAAUUGUGCCCCUUUGUUGGCAUCGCUGGAAGGAAUUG